AUGGAUGUUAGGUGUAUUAGAAGUGAAUCAAUAGAAAACAAUAGUAUCAAUAAAAAGAAAGAGAGACGUAGUGAUGAUGUUGUGAAUGUAAGAUGUGUAGUAAACACAUUGGAAGAUAACGCUAAGUUUAAUGAUAGUGGGGGUGAAGCUGCAGAUAGUAGAGCAAAUGAACAUGGAAUUAUAAGUGAAAAGGAUGAGCAAAAGGCUAAUAUUGAUUGUCAAAGCCUUGAAGCAUCUGUGAGCCACCUAUGUACCAUUCGAACAUUAAAUGGUAUGUUGAAGGCUUGGAAUUAUAUAAAUGAGCCAUUAAAGUUAUAUAAUUUGAGCUAUCAAAGAACCAAUAAUGCGCAUUUAAAGUUUGGGAGUUCAAUAUUACAAAGUGUAUGUAUUCAGAAACAGUAUAAAAGCAUAAAAGCUAGAGAGUUGAGUAUUCCAAAUUUUUAUGGUGAUAGAGACUAUAAGAAAAGUACUG